CGUGUUUUCGACUCAACGGACAAACCCAGGUGAAUAGCUCCUCACCAAGUGAAGACUCAGCCUAAGAUUGAAAAACAGCUUUGCUCCAUACUUUACGUGAUCUUGGAUCCUCUGUCGUCUGUUGCUCCAUCUUCACGACAAAAGACAUUCUGCAAACGAUAUAAAUCACGAUAAAGAAACUUGCAUUCAAACUCAUAUAUGGUACACUACUCAGUUCUAACUAGUUUAGGAUAAAGUCAUCCAUCACAAAAACAUUCAUCAAAUGAACAUUCAAAAUGAAAAGAACCCUUCUUUUUCUUCUUGUUUGCUUCAAAGCUAACAAAAACAGAGACUUUUGCUUAAAUCAGAUUCUAGCUCGACCACCAAAUGAAGCUCACUUUGCUUCUCUUCUGUAACACGAACUCAAACAGAGGAGCUCCGCUACAGUUAUAAGCACUGAUACACACAAACACAUGUUUAUUGUCAUUUUCUCAGAUGCAAUAUAUAUAUGCAUAUAUACACACAGCCAAAAGCCCAGAAACUUCACAUUAUCUCUGCAACAAUGAUACCCACUUCUCUCCUUCUCCAUCUACUACUAUAUCUCACGCUUCAACCGGGUCGGGUCAAAUCCGACCCGGAUCCCCUCCAAGACUACUGCGUCGCCGACACGAAAUCUCCACACCCAAUCUUCCUCAAUGGCGCACCGUGCAAGGAUCCGACACUAGCCACGGUUGCGGACUUCACGACCUCGGCUUUGUCCGAAUCCGGAGACACCCGAACCAACCAAUUGGGGAUCAACGUAACCCUAACCACGACCACGAACUUGCCCGGUCUCAACACCAUGGGACUCGCCAUGGCUCGGAUCGACUUCGCCGGACGCGGCGUCGUGCCGCCGCACGCGCACCCACGUGCCUCUGAGGUCACGAUCUGUCUCGAGGGGGUUUUGCUCGUGGGGUUCGUCGAUACAUCGGGUCGUGUCUUCACGCAGGAGCUUCAUGCGGGUGAAUCGUUUGUGUUUCCAAAAGGUUUGAUCCAUUUUCUGUACAACAUUGAUUCGGAAAGUUCAGCAAUGGCGGUUUCUGGAUUGAGUAGUCAGAAUCCGGGAACUCAGAUUGCGUCGUUGGCUUCGUUCGCGUCUAAGCCUCCGAUUCCUGAGGAGGUUUUGGAGAGGGCGUUUAGAAUCAACGCUCAGGAUGUUGCCAGAAUCCGGAAAAAUCUGGGAGGGUGAUUGAUAAUAUAUAUAUAUAUAUAUAUAUAUAUAUAUAUAUCAAAAUUGUGUUUUUUUUUACAAUUAUAACGAGUUAAUUGAAGUAGAAAUAGAGGGAAAAAACAUGGAAAGAAAUAUUUCAGAUAAAUGAGAAUGGGUGAUUUAAUUGUGGAAUUUAUUGGAAAUUGGAAUUUUUUUCUCUCUA